AUCAGUUAAACUCGAAGUGCGAACUCGUUUGGAUCGCCGCUCAUCGAUCGCUGCAACUGUGCAGCCGCUGACAUAAGUUUACGACGACGACGGUUCGGUAUUGUGUGUGCGUGCGUGUCGGUGUGUGUGGAUUACUGGAUGCAGUCCCUAGCAAGGGCGAGCGCGCUUGUGCAUUCCUUCGUUCGGGAUACCCGGCCCUGGGCGCCCGCACGUGGCGAAGUAAUAUCGAACUGGUCGAUAAAUUCCAUGUAAAAGUGUAGAAAUUUACUCCGACUGCUUAUUCAUCUAAGAGGUGUACGCACUGAUAACCAUCGCCUCUUGAUUAGGUUUUAAGUUCGAGCGAAAUGUGCGAGUGAAAUGUAAAUUAAGUGAAGGAAUUACUCAAAAUCCAGUGUACAGUAGUGAGUAAAAUAACACACGAAACGAAGUACGUAUCGACAAAUUGAGUGAUGAGAAAAGGAGUGUAGAAAAAAAAACGCAGAAAUUAACGACAUCCUCCUACAAAUCAAGCAAGGCUGCAAAGCUGAGGAAGAAUCAUCAGAGUGGAAAUCCAGCAGAGUAAUCUCUAGAUAUUGCACCACUCCGCAUCAUGCCGCAACACGCAGAUUAGUACUGUGAACCGCACCGCAAUGACGACCAAAAAAGUUUAUUACCAAAUCAAAUCGAAAAAGUGAAACAAAAAAAAAACGCCGAAAUCGAAUUUCCCGCCCAUAAGCCAGAGAGCUUCCAGCAACGAUUAACCACCGUCAUCCAAUUGUAGCAGUUUUUUUCUUUUAUUUUUCUUAAUCGACCAUCUGCGCCAUAUUCCGGUCCAUUUUCAUCCAUCAUUGGCUACCGGCGCCGCACCGUAGGCCGUACAGCAUCGUGUUUACUAAUUUGUUAGUUAGUCGAAGGUAUUGUUUCGAAAGUUUUCUUUUGUAGAGAAAACAAUCAACAGGCCAGAGCGAAUCAGCCGAGAGCAGCGAAAAAAAAGUGACUGUAUGCUUUGUGUGCUUUGUGUAUGUGUGAAAAAGAGCUUCUCGUUGUAACAAAGGAAAGUGAUAUUAAAAGUGAAAUUGAAAAACGACCGUAAUUAAUUAAACAAUAAACUGCAGCGCCGUGGUAACCCAGCGACUCCCAGAGAAAGAGGCGAGCAGCGCGCGGGGAAACAAUCGCAGCAUAGAGAGGAAACUAUGCGACUGCCGGCAAUCUAGACCCGCCCAGUGUUCAAGCAAAGUCUGCUGUCACGAUCGAUCAAAAUCACGCCGAAAAAUGCUCGAUCCGGAGCUGUUCGUCGGGGCUGGCAACGUCGGUGACCAUCAUCAUCAUUUUAAGAACCAUCAUCGACACUAUCACCACCACCAUCAUCAUCCGCAUAAUCACGGGCGCGCAAACGGAUCCUCCCCAUCCGGGGGUGAACGUCGAUCGUCGUCCCGAUCUUCAUCCCGGCAGUAUCACCAUCCGAGCAGUGAGGGCGAAAAGCUCAAGUACCAGAAUGCGUUUAGUGCUCCGAGUCCGGGCAGUUCGGAGAAGUACUUCCGGUACUAUCCGCAUCAGCAUAGCAGCUACUACGAUUUGAGUGAAAAGUUGGAUAGUCUGAAUCUGAAGUCGGAAAGUGGAAGUGAUUCGAGGAAGAAUGAUAGUAAUAAUAAUAACCACCACAGUGCGGGUAGUGUCCUCAGCAAUGGUAGUGAUCACACCGGUAGCAGUGGGGGUGGUAACAAGAAGAGAACUACCGUGGUCUAUGUGGGGGAUGGUCGGAGUCGGGUGCGACGGGUUGUACGAACACAAACCCGCCAUAUUACGGUGGUGAGCUACUCCGGGAAGAAAAAGGAAACGGAAACGCACACCACGCAUCAUGCGACGGUUUUAAGUUUUCCACAAAAGAUCGAUCGUCCAUCCCAGAUUUACUCGACCCACCAUCACCACCCGGGCAAUGGUAUCCUGGCCAGUGGUGCCAGCAGCAGCAAUGCGAGCAGCCUCUGCGGGGGCUCCACCGGAGGAAGCAGCGGCGCGGUGGUCACGGCCUCCGGUGGGUACGUGUAUCUGCCGCAGACGACGGUCAGCUCGGCGCAAACCCAGCACCAACAUUACGUAUCGCCACAGCAGCUUGCCUACCAUCAUCAUCACCACCAGCCGAACAGUUACCAUCACCAGCUCGGUGGCCAUCAGACGACGAUCACCACCCCGACGCUGCACAAGAAGGGUUCGAUCCGUAACAACGGCGAGGUGCUCAAGCGGACGCGGGUUCAAAAUGCGUAUGAGCUGUCGCAGGAUCUGUUGGACAAGCAGAUCGAGCUGUUGGAGCGAAAAUACGGCGGCGUCAAGGCACGUAACGCAGCCCUCACGAUCCAGCGGGCCUUCCGGCAUUACACGAUGGUGAAGAAGUUUGCCUCGAUUACCGCGAUGGCCAAGGCGGAGAAACGCAUGAGCCGGCGGGUCCAGCAUCAGCAGCAGCAACAGCAACAAGCGGAACUGGAAUUACUGGCACAGCAGCAGCAACUGCAGGGCCAUCUACCAUCGGAAGAGGUUCAACUGUACGAGGAUGGUAGCCUCGUGGCCGGCGGUCAGCGUGUUUGUGCCACAAUUUCCGCAACCCCACCGGGAACCCUGCACCACCGGGUGACCCCGGUCCGCAGCAUGUCUCUGCGCGAGCGCCGCAUGGACUCGAGCCCGAUUCCGCGCAGUCAGUCUGGCACUGCCUCGCCUGCCCCACCUGCCAACAACUCCUGGUCCCAGGGCCAGCUGACCACGACGGUUUCGGUUGGCAGCCAGCAGCAAUACUCUCACCCACAUGUGAAUAUUCUGCACCAGCAGCAGCAACAACAGCAGCAGCAAAACUACUACAACAACGCCGUUGUGAACGCAUCCACCUACCAAAGCCAAUACGGAUCGCAAGAUCUGAACAUUAGCGGUGGCAGUUCCGUACUAGAUUCGACCAUUUCGUCGAUGAACCUCUCGUGGAAUUCCGGUUCCGGAGCGGCCAUUGUUGCCACUGCCGGCAGUGCACACCAAAGCCCGUACACACCGCACUAUACGGCCGCUCAGAUCUACAUGCGCCCGCGUGGAAUUGGCAUCGGAAGCUCCGGUGGCAGCUCCGGAUCGGCGGGCAGUGCUUGCAGUGCCAGUCGAAAAGUGCCACCCGAAGUACCAAAGAGAACAUCCAGCAUCACUUCCGCGCAGCACACCCCGAACCGUUCGCUAAGGCCCAACGGUCUGUGUAAAACAGCCGAAAAUGGUUCACUCAGUUCAGUACAAUCCUCCGGAAGCGAUUCGUCGGCCUCGGCCGAGCGGAUACAAGGUGUCGGCGAAUUGGGCUCAGACCGUUCCAGCUCACCCCAGUGGAAGCGAAAGGGUCCCGGCAGUAGCAGCGGAAGUGCCAGCGGAAUCCAGAUAACCGCUCAAAGUCCCGAUCACAUGAUUGGAGCUGCCAGUGCCGUCGCUAGCAGCGGUGUUGGGUCAGCUACAAGUGUAAACGUUACGAUUGGUGGCAGCAUGGAAAACGAAUGUUUGAGCUCCCAUACAAGCGCCGCGCAGUAUUCGAUGGAACAGCACGAUCAAAUCGUACACACGCCCACCAGCUACAAAGUUUCCGAAACGAUCCGGAAGCGACAAUACCGGGUGGGACUGAAUCUGUUCAACAAAAAGCCCGAAAAAGGUAUCACCUAUCUGAUUCGCAAAGGCUUCCUGGAAAACACUCCGCAGGGCGUCGCCCGCUUCCUCAUCUCGCGGAAAGGUCUCUCACGGCAGAUGAUUGGCGAGUACCUGGGCAAUCUGCAGAACCCCUUCAACAUGGCCGUGCUGGACUGCUUCGCCGGCGAGCUGGAUCUCUCCGGUAUGCAGGUGGACGUUGCGCUGCGCAAGUUCCAGGGUUACUUCCGGAUGCCGGGUGAGGCGCAGAAAAUCGAACGGCUGAUGGAGGUCUUCUCGGCCCGGUACUGCCAGUGCAACAGUGAUAUUGUGGCGCGACUGCGUUCGCACGACACCGUCUUUGUGCUUGCCUUCGCCAUCAUCAUGCUCAACACGGAUCUUCACACGCCAAAUCUGAAGCCGGAGCGGCGGAUGCGGUGUGAUGACUUUAUCAAGAAUCUGCGCGGAAUCGAUGAUUGCCAUGACAUCGAUCGGGACAUGUUGAUGGGAAUCUACGAGCGAGUUAAGGCGAACGAGUUCAAACCGGGUUCGGAUCACGUGACGCAGGUCAUGAAGGUGCAGGCAACGAUCGUAGGUAAAAAACCGAACCUUGCGCUGCCCCACCGGCGGUUAGUCUGCUACUGUCGGUUGUACGAGAUCCCGGAUAUCAACAAAAAGGAACGACCUGGCGUUCAUCAGCGCGAAGUGUUUCUGUUCAACGAUCUACUCGUGAUAACGAAGAUAUUCAGCAAGAAAAAGAGCUCCGUUACGUACACCUUCAGGAAUAGCUAUCCGCUGUGCGGAAUGGUCGUCACGCUGCUCGAUGUGCCGAAUUACCCAUACUGCAUCCGACUGUCGCAGAAGGUUGACGGAAAGGUGCUGGUCACGUUCAACGCCCGCAACGAGCACGACCGGUGUAAGUUCGCGGAGGACCUGCGGGAGUCGAUCAGCGAGAUGGACGAAAUGGAAACGCUCCGCAUCGAAGCCGAACUCGAGCGACAAAAAUCGGCCCGCGGACAGCGCAGCGGAAACAGUGAAAACCGCGACAGUGGCGUCGCCGACGUCGAAGUCUGUGCCGGUCAGUAUCACCAUCACCAUCUGCACCAGGGCAGCGGCGGUGGUCCGAACGGGACCGGCGUGCUCGGGGGCGGUGUCUCACCGAGCGAUUGCGGAAUUGCACACACACAUAGCGAAGCACAGUUGAAGCGAAGCGCUCUUAGCAAUUCACUCUUAGAUAUGCACGAACAAUUUGGCAAUGAGAAGCCCCAGCGGCGCGGUAGUGUUGGCUCGCUAGAUAGCGGAAUGUCAAUCUCAUUUCAAUCCACCUCCGCGAGCACUGGUUCGCGCAGCGACAUCAAGGUACGAAUGCUGCCCCACAGCAACACAUCCGGUCAGAUCAUAAUGCAUGCCGGUCAGCAUCCGACCGCCCUGAUGGGUGCCAUCUAUCAUCAGCAAAUUCUGCAACAGCCGCCGCAACAGCAGGCGGCGCCAGUGCAGACACAAACCACGGCGGCGGCGGUGCCUGUAAAUCCUGGCCAGUUGACGCCUGCUCCACCGCAGCAGACACGCAGGGAGCGCAAGCUGUCCCGCUCGGAAGAUGCGGCCGCUGCCGCUGCUGCUACAGCUGGUCCCAAUUAUGGACGCUCGACGGAAGUUUAAAGCUUACCCAUCGAAUGAAACUGUUUAUAGCAAAGACACAAACCAAAUCAUUUGCUCUAGUGGAUGUGUUUCGCUACUUUUGAUUGAUUGUAAUCGCGUAACAUAAUUAUAUUCAGAAUUCCGAAUUUCCAGUUCAAGAAUAUGACAAGAUAGCAAAAAAGAGCACGUUUAAGUUCAGAUAAUUCAAAGUUAUGAAAAACACACUCACAAUAAUCGUUACACAAACCGCAAUAGCAAUUACUCGUGUAUGUAUAUGAAAGCAGCCAAAACUUUCCGUCUCUGUCUGAGCAUAGUGCAUGUAAAUAGUUGGAUUUUCCGCUCCCCCCGGAAUCAAAUGCUCCUAUUAACGGUCCCUCUCUAGCUGUAACAAUUCCUUAUAACUAGCUAACGUAAUUCGCAUCAACCAUGGGCAAGCAAAGGCUACGGAAUAACCGAUAACAAACAGAUUGAUUGUAUUUAAAAACGUACAUAACUUUACAAUAAACUAAAAAACAAAGUUUCCGCUCAAGCGAAUGCAAAACCAAUAAUUGUCUUUAAUUGAUUGAUUUAGGUAAGGUAACGAAAUACAAGUACAGUACUGUGGUGGAACACGUGUAGCCAUGCGCCAAUCGACGUAACUUUAUUUUUGUAUUAUUAUAACCCUCUAAACAAGAUUUACCAACAAACAUAUGUACACAACUGUAUCAUCAUCGUAGUAAGUCAAACACAAAACAAAUAAAACGCCCCAUGCCAAGGAUUUUCACCGAAAUGAAAGAAUUGUACAUUUACGUUCAGUGUAUCAAAUUUGAAAUAAACUGUUCUAUGGUCGUAACAAACAAGGAAGCAAAAACGGUGGAUUUGAAGCUUGGACGUGGGAAAACGAAACAUAUGGAUUGUAAACAGUAAGUGUAGGUUAGGUGUAAUGUGACACAAAUGAAUAGACAAAGAAAAAAAAACGCGUAGGCUCGAAAAAAAAUAAACACACGGAGGUGAACGGUUUAGGAUAUGCGGUAAAAAAAAGAGAAAAAAUAAUCUAGUCCUGUUCGAUAAACGUAGUAAUUUGACUUACUGAAAACAAAAUCAAUGAAACAAAUAAUAUAUUCGUAAGGCAUAAGACACACAAAACAUUGCAGCGGUAACAUGGAAGGCUUCUCACACACACAGAAACAAAACGAACGCAAAUUUCGACGCCCAGCGGGGCAUUCGGAAAUACUUACCACAGAAAAAACAUUCUAGUGUUUAACGAUAGUAAAAAACAAACCCAAACAUACAAAAACAUUCUUAUCCGACGAAUUACAUUUGCAGUUUCUAAUUCAAUACAUAAAAAAAAACAGAUACAUGAAUUGGGAAGUAAACAAGCAGCAAACGAUAUAAUGUGUACAUCUCAACCUCUGGUUGUACCCCACGUUACCUUAAAUUUCCCCUCCCCCACCCAUCCUUUUCCGUUUACAAAUCUGAUGUGGAGAUAUAGUAGUAGUUAUUAUAAUUAAUCGAUCCUGUGGAACAAUACAAACAAAAACAAGCAUAUUUCCGUAAACCAAUUAAACAGAACAAUAAAUAUUCGAAAGAAAAAAAAUACAA